GGGGGCGUGCUGCACAUGCCGCACAGCGGCGGCGAGUGGCCCAUGAACCUCGGCGGGUUCCCGUUUGUGAAGGAGCCGGGUCCCAAGGUGCUCGCCUACCGCCAGGCUUUCAAGGACCUGGGCGUGCCUCUGCCGCCCGACCCCGAGGACCCCGCCACGGAGGCCGCGGCCCGAGCCACCAAGCCCGAGUACUUUGCGCUCAUGCAAACCAGCCUGGGCUCGCCCUACCGCUUCCACAACCCCAACCCGAUGGCCUGGGUACAGACCAACUGGGACCGCACCGGGCGCAACGGGCUGUGGCACCUGCACCUGAUGCCGGAGGGAUCCGUACACCUGGGCGCGGGUCACGUGCACGCGGGUUUGUUCCCCGGCACCAUCAACCCCAAGACCCAGGUGCUCAUGGCCGGGGGGCACUGGGACUGGCGCGUGCACGCCAGGGUGGUGGGCAGUCCGGACAAGGUCUACUACACCACCUCGGGCGAGCACAGCGGGGAGGCCGCCGAGCUGCGCCGCGUGCUCGCCUACGCGCCGGGGGCCAUCCCCGCCACCCUGUCCAAGGAGCAGUGGGUGGCUGCGCUGCAGGGUCUGGCGCAGCUGGGGCUGGCGCUGGGGGCCACCGUGGCGUGGCCGGACGUGCCGUGUGACACGGACUGGGUCCAGAAGCCCGAGUUCCGCUCCGUGCCGCUGGCGCAGCGCCGCCCUCAGAAGCUGCCCUGGCUCAACCUGGACACCACCUUCCAGAACUGUGCCGGCAGUGAGACCAGCCUGGCGGCCUGCGCGCUCAAUGCCUGGGGCAAAACCAGCUGUGAGAAUGAGGGCGGCGUGGCGGGCCUGGUGUGCCUGUCGGCUGUUGACGGCUCGUCAGUCCGCAUUGUUGGCGGUAGCAGCCCCAGCUCGGGCCGUGUGGAGGUGUCGCUGGGACCCGGUCUGUGGGGCAGCGUGUGCGGCAUCGGCGCCACAGGCACGCUUCAGCCCAACACCACCUCCUCCAACGGCAACAACGGUAACGGCAACAACAGCGAUGACGGCGACGGCAACAAUGGCAAAGGCAACGGCAAUGGCAACGGCAACAAUGGCAAUGGCAACGGCAACGGCAACGGCAAUGGCAAUGGUAACGGCAACAACAGCGAUGAUGGCGACGGCAACAAUGGCAACGGCAAUGGCAAUGGCAACAGUGGCAAUGGCAACGGCAAUGGCAAUGGCAAUGGUAACAGUGGCAAUGGCAACGGCAACGGCAAUGGCAAUGGCAAUGGCAACAGUGGCAAUGGCAAUGGCAAUGGCAAUGGCAAUGGCAACGGCAAUGGCAACAGUGGCAAUGGCAACGGCAAUGGCAAUGGCAACGGCAACAAUGGCAAUGGCAAUGGCAACGGCAACAACAAUGGCGAGGACGAGGGCGAAGACGAUGACGGCAAAGACAGCGCCUCCGCCAAGGCCGGUGGCGGCUGGAACGCCGCCGCCGCCACAGUGGUGUGUCGGCAGCUGGGCUACGGCACCGGAGUGGCCCGCUGGAUGAGUGUGGAGUCUGAGGACGGCGGCAGCGUGGCGCUGGGUGGCCUGGACGUGCCGCCCAUCGCCCUCAGCGGCCUGGCCUGUGUGGGCAACGAGGGGAGCCUGCUGGGCUGCACGCGGCGCGGCUGGGGCGACGCCGGCGCGUGUGCGGGCGCCAGCAAGAAGGUCGCGGCGGUGCAGUGCAGCGGCGUCCUGGACGUGGGACCCUCGGCCUCACCUGGACCGGCCCCCAACCCGACUCCCAGCCCAACCCCGUCCCCAACCGAGUCUCCAACCCCAUCCCCCACCGUGUCCCCAAGUCCGUCCCCAUCGCCAUCGUCCCCAACCCCGUCCCCAACCCCGUCGCCCUACGGAUCCUACGGCAGCAUCGUCGUGCCCCCCAACUACGGCUCCCCCUCUCCCUCCCCCUCUCCCUCCCCCUCGCCGUCCCCGACUGGCCCCACCGACGCGCUGCCUGCCGGCGGCUCCAUCUCCCUGGUGCUGGUGGGGUCGGCGGCGGCGGGCGAGGUGCCCAGCGUGACCGGCAGUGGCCUGGUCAAGCUGCUCCCGCCCCCCACCGCCCCCCCCUCCACCGCCACCUACGUGUGCGCCGACCGCUGGGCGGGCUGGGACGACGCCGCCGCCUCCGCCGCCUGCCGCAUGGCCGGCUACGCGGCCGGCGGCGUGGCGGUCAAGGUGUGGCGCGCCGGCGCUCCGCCGCCUCUGCUGCUGGGCCGCCUGAGCUGUGCCGGCUACGAGACCGACUUGUCCCAGUGCACCGUCUCCGCCGUGGACGGCAUCAGCGCAAACGGCACGUGGCAGCUGGCGGCGGCGGCGCCCGCCGGCACCUGCAAGAUGCUGGCGGCGGUGCGCUGCCGCUCCGGCGCCGCCGCCGUCACGCUGCGCGCCGCCGCCGCGCCCGCGCCCUCCGGCUCCCCGGCGACACUCACACUCCCCGCACCCGGCGCCAACUCCACAACGACCACAACCGCCACCGUUGUCGCCCGCCUGGAGGCGUCGGUUGGCGGCGCCGCGUACGGCGCCGUCUGCAGCGAUGACGGCUUCGACGCCGCUGCCGCCGACGUGGCAUGUCGUACACUGGGUUACGCCGCCGGCGGCGUGAUCUACGGCGCCGGCGCGCCGGCGGCGCCGCCGCCCAAUGCGACCGACCCCACCCACGCGGUGCCGGUCGCUGACGUGGACGCGCAGGGGAGCUACCUGGGCACGCUGGCGGCGUUGCGGUGUGCCGGCGGCGAGGCGGCGGUGGGCAGCUGCGCGGCGUGGCGCGCCGCCAGCGCGGGCAGCGCGGUGCCGUGCCGUGCGGCGGCGUGGGUGGCGUGCCGGGUGUCUUCCACCGCGACCACCACGACCACCACAACCACCACUUCGGGGUGAUGAGCACUGGGUGAUGGCUGGGACGGGCAGCUAGUCAGGCCAGCUGUGUGUGUGUUUGUCGGGGUGGGGUUGGCGGGUCAGGAGGAAGGCCUGAAAGUGUAAUCAAGUCAUCCAGAGCUCGUGUCGAGUGCCGCAGUGAGGAAGUGCGUGGGGGGCCCGGAUGUUACCGCACGCGCAAGCAGGAUUAGGGCGCAAGCUGGCGUGAAGGAGUUUUGAACAUGGUAGGAGUCGCCUGUCGUAUGGGCUAUUCAUCCAUCCAUAAUUUGCUUUUCAGUAACGAUGCAAGCAAGAUCGACGGCUGUGCAUGGGUGUAUGUGCGCAGUCGGGCAAGCGGCCGCGCACGCGCGUAUGGCAUUCUUAUGAACCGGCACGUUGACCACAAUAAACUUGCACCCACAAUAGUUGUGAUUAUUCAGGCGCGGCGGCGCACACCUGCAACAGGUGCGCAUGUGUGCGCCGGAACGCGUUGCAGACAGGCAGGAAGGCAGGAGCGCGUGGCAAGGGUAUCGGUGAAGCUACGGUAUUGCAGCGAGCGGGACACGGUGCGGUGGCGGAGGUGGUGGCGGUGGCGGUGUGUGGGGGUUGGCGCGGGAACCAGCGGCGCGCGGGGGGUGCUUGCCUGUGCGGCGUGCGGGGCGUGCGCCCUACACACCCGCCGUGUGGCGUGUGGCGUGUGCACCGGUGCUAGUUCCGACUAGUAUGCCAUUGUGUGGCGCGUCUGUGCAGCCUUGUGUGUAGGUGUCGCUUGUCCGUGUGUGUGCGCGUGUGUGUGUGUGUGCGUGUGUGUGAGUGUGACUGUGACAGGCUGUGAGCGUGUGCGUUGCGCGUGCGUUUCAGUGUGACUGUACACGUGCUGUAUGCGUGUCAGCGUGCGUGCCUGGCAGGCGCGUGCGUUUUUCUUCUGACAAACCCAACAAUUCGUGCCCCCGCACACACGAUUGCUCCAGAGUGUGGGGGUCGGGAGGCUUCUUGGUGGCUGCCAGUGCGACAUCUGGCCAGCUGCUGCAUCAUGCACCCACUGCUGCUCAAGCAGUUCGGCUAUACUAGUUUGCGGCAUGAUGUCACGAAGGCGGUGGUGUGAGAAUCCGCUGCGUUAUGACGACGAGCGUCUGAAACAUGACAAGAUGCGUUGAUGAUAUUUAGAAGCGCCGGGGACGGAGGCCGGAUAGAUGCUGCAGUGCGGAUCUUCGUAGGUUGCGGUAUGCAGCGAAUGGCACACGUUUGUACUUCGUAAGGGGGAGCCAACUAUUUUGUCGUAGGUUGCGAUGCGCGUACAACAAGGCAAGUCUGUCAAGCCAUGCGGACAGCUUCGCUUAGGCGGUUUGAUGGGGCACUGAAAUACGUGCCCUAUGGCCAAAAAUAAUGUUUCAUGAGCUCUUGUGGCGCUACUAGGAGUUGUCAAUGCCGCAGGGGCACCCUUCGCAGGGGCACGCCCAGUCGGCCAGUGGCCAGUCUCUCACACAUCCCAAGGCUGUAAAUGCUGGUCAUG